GCUCAGCCUUGUAGGCUCGGGUCACGGACGGCGGCUCGGGUAGCUAUGCCCAGAGAUGCCCUCGCUCGGCGAGGCACCCUGCAUGCCAUCGAGAACAGGCUGAAGGGUCCUGGGUCUGUGAGCGCGGGGAUCGUGCUACCAGACAACACCAGCAAGAAGUCGACAACUUUCCGUCCGAAGCCGUCGAAGGAGGAGGUGAGGGAGCUGAUUGCCGGGGAUCUCAGGCGGGGCUUCGUCAACCACGCCAACAGCUUCGGCGCAAGUUUCUCGCAGCCGCCGCGCGUGGCUGCUGAGGUCCUGGACGAUCCUUGGAAGGCAGACCGCCUGAUGUCCCCGCAGCGGUCUUUCAGCCGCACGCAGAUCAAGUACAGGUCGCAGGCCGAGCUCUUCCCGGAGGUCCGGGACACGCACGCGGCCAGGUUCGAGAAGCUCAUGGCCAGGCGCAAACCGAAGGAGUUGACACCCAGUCUCGCCGCCAUCAAGAGCCUCGGCUUCGUGGGCGCCGCGCCACCGCCGUCGGCGAGCGCUGCCGCCUCGGCCCCGCCGCCGACGCGCGACCAGCUGAAGCAGCUCACGCGGAUGGUCCUGGCGCAGCCUCACAUCGACAUGCCGAGGAUGAGCCCCAAGGUGAAGUCCAAACUGACGAGGCGGGCCAGCCCGAGACUCUGA